AUGGCUAGCAAGGCGGAGAAAAAACUAGCAGCGGACCUUCUGACGAGACGACGAGCGUGUGCCGAACGAGAUGUGGUGGAGAAGUUCGUAGCGGAUUUCACCUAUGAACGGGAUUGUUGCCAGGUUGCGGUACGUUUGGAGGCGCUCAACAAGUGCAACGAACUCUUCUUGAACGUGCAGAACGACAUCGAGAUGGGUGACAGCGAAGAACGGUUUGAAACACACCUGGAAUUCCGUGCUGAUUUCGAGGAUCGAUUCUGCAGGGCGAAGGGUUUUUUGCUGUCCAAACUGGAGAGUAGGGAGCAUCCGUUGAGUUCGACGAUCAUCCACGCAUCGGCUUCUCAUAGCAUGUCUUCCAGCUUUCAUCAUCGUCUGCCAAAAAUCGAUUUGCCGAAGUUUAGUGGAGAUGAAUCGCGCUGGAUCUCGUUCCGUGACAAUUUUCUCUCGAUGAUCCACUGCAACGAGGACAUACCGAUCGUCAACAAGCUGCAGUAUCUGUUGCAGUCGCUGGAAGGAGAGGCAAGAAAACCAUUCGAGUCUGUGGAUAUCCAGGCCGAUAAUUAUUCGUCGACGUGGGACGCGCUUAAGAAGCGUUACGACAACAAGCGGUUCCUCAGAAAGGAGCUUUUCCGUGGCCUAUACAACCUUCCACCGAUACAGCACGAGUCCGCACAAGACCUCAACACACUAGUUGAUGAUUUCCAGCGACACGUUAAGGCACUGGGGAAAUUGGGUGAGCCUAUCGAGCAUUGGGACACUCCGCUCAUCUUUAUCCUGACGAAUAAGUUAGAUUCGGCGACGAUUCGUGCAUGGGAGCAAGAUACUCGACAGAAGGAUGAGGUGAAAUACGACGAGCUCAUCGAGUUCCUCAUCCACCAGGUCCGGAUGUUGAAAUCCGUGGACAGCGAUCUCCAGCAUCGUUCCUCAGUGCCCACCGUUUCCGAGGUGGCCGGCCAAAUCCCGAAGAAACCAGUUCCCAUUCGGUCUGUCGUAAACACAGCUACAUCCGAAAUUCAAUCCAGCACUUCGCCAUGCCACUGUUGCUUGAGAACACAUCCUCAUCACCAAUGUCCAGCAUUUUCGAACCUGUCAAGCUCCCAGCGGCGAGAGCUCGUGACACAGAACAGUCUUUGUUGGAAUUGCUUUCGUGCAAACCAUCAGGCAAGAUCCUGUAAAUCGAAGUUUCUGUGUAGGAUUUGUCAAGCGAAACACCACACCAUGUUACACGACCACCAAACAGCACAUUUAGAGCAACCCACUACUGAGGAACCACAUCCCGUACAAGCGAAUCCAGGUUUUAGCGACUCAGUAAACCCACCAGCGAUAAAUCUAUCCGUGCAUUCAAAUUCGACGGUUCUAUUGGAGACGGUCACGCUGUUUGUUGUCGACCAAUACGGCAGAAAGAUUCCUGCUAGAGCUCUGCUAGAUUCUGCAGCGAUGUCCAACUUCAUCACCAAGAAGCUGGCGAACCAACUCGCCACCCGUCAAAGGCCCGUGGACAUCUCAGUUGCCGGAAUCGGAGAGUCAGUGAAGCGCAUCAAACACAAGUUAGCUGCCAAGAUCAUAUCCAAGAACAGCGACUUCUCCACCACACUCGAUUUCCUCGUCAUGAAGAAACCAACAUCCCAUCUUCCCACAACCCCGAUCGAUUCAACUGCCUGGAGAAUGCCAAAGGUUCCAUUGGCGGAUCCUCAGUUCAACGUUCCAGCAACAAUCGACAUGAUUAUCGGUGGAGAAUGUUACCAUGAGUUUCAUACAGGCGUACGCCACUCCUUUGGUAACGGUCUCCCGUUUUUGGUGGACACCCUCUUUGGCUGGACAGUUUCUGGCAAAGUGGAUUCCAGCUCCACCACCGCACCACGAGCGUGCUUUCUCUCCACCGUUGAUCAAACCCGAGAAACGAUCCCUGGGGAGUUCCGGCCAAUGGUAACCACCAACGGAAGCCAGAGAAUGGAAGCUGAACCCUCCACCACUCAAAUCCGGCUCGAAGGACCAAAUGUAAAAAGGGAUCUGAACGGAUCAUCACAAUUAUUAGAAGUUCCAAUAAAAAUCAUUCACUUUUUUAAGUUGGGAUUUACGCCAGCUUACCAUCACCGCCUUCUGGCCUGUAGGACCUGUGCGUGGCUGCAGCAGAUAAUCGCUUCGGUUAAAUCGCGAGCAACAACCGCCACCUUAAGAAAAUCGCCGUAG